AUUCCAUGGCUUUAGUUGACAGAAAUGGUGUCUCUACACCAGUUUCAUUCUCUGGUGCACUUUGUGCCUUGUGCCUCUUGUGCCACAAGUAGAGCAGUGGUGAGAGACACAAGGAGAGGAUUUUAACACGAGUAAGGUGUCCCCAGCUUGUGCAAGAGCUGGUUCCUGUUGGUGUGUGCAGUCAGGCCUGAGUUCUCAGCUCCCAGUUUGUGCUUGGAGGAUUCACUGCUGGGAAGUUUUUAUCUAAGGCAGCUCCUCAAAUAAGCAGAUAUUUGACAGGUGUAAUUGGUAGUGGUCUUGAGCACUGAUAGACUUUGAGGUUAAAAAGCUUAAAUUUCCAGUUAGGCAGCUCAGACACAUAUAUUAAAUGAGCAUUAUGUGUUUUGUCCCAGUAAAUUUUAGUCAAAACUGGAACAUCAACUGUGUUUACUGCAUCCUUAAUAACAUAAUCAGCGUGCUGCAGUUAGUAUUUCACCAAAUUUGGGAGAAGUUCAUUUCUGUUUAUUUAAUUAAGUUGUUUUGGUGGGAUAAGAAUAAAAAUGAUAGCGAGUUUCAGAGGUUACAUUUUAACUCACUUUUUACAGACAAAAUAAGGGAAAAAGUUGCAUAACCACAUGAUUUUGUUUUCUUCAACAGCUGUACUGGUAGGAUCAGAAAUGGUAGAUCAUUUAAAGAUAAAUAAGCUGUGGGAUUGUGAAAAGUUAAACUUUAAGAUUCUCUGAUUUAGCUGUUGAAUUUACAACUGAAUGUUCCUAAUGGCCCUGAUAAAGAGCUAAUUUCCCUGGGGCCCCGGUGGAGAAAUGCCAGAGGGUGUGAAUUGCUUUCCCUAAGCAAUGUUUCCUGGACAGUUGCUAAAGAGAUCAAGUUCAUUUGCAGAAAUUGAACAUUAGGCAAAUAUAUAGUAUGUAUUUGCAAAAUAUUUUCAUUCAAGAUGAUGGAAAAGGAGGGCUAAAGAUCCUGUGUAUUGGGUGAUACCCCAGCAGUGUUUGUAAUUGAUAUUUCUGUUGACUAAACUUUGAACCAUGACUUGUAAUAUUGGCUUUUGCUGGAGCCUUUAGAAGGUUUCUUGUUAAGAGGUGAUCGUGCUUGGGCUUCUAAUCUAAGCAUUUGACCACCUGAAAUUGUGUUUAUUGCUUCUUAAUCUGUAUUAAAGGGAAAAAACCCCAAAACAGUAGAGCUCUCUACACUGCUUUGAUUCUGCUCACAACUUUCCUUAAUGGGCAAAAUUUGUUUGUUACCUAAUUUUUGCUCAUGCUGUUCAGACCUUGAAAGCAGAAAUAAACCUGACUCAAAACCUCAGUUUUUUGGGGGCUAAAUUUUCAUUGUUAGGGUGAGUAUGGGAUUAUCUUGCUCAGAAGAAUGUGAGUAAAGGCUUCAGAAGGCAUUGUAGGAGUAGUGAAAUGCCAAAUGUCAGUCAGUUACUAAGUCAGUAUCUGCCUAGGCUACCCAUGGAGCUCUGACUAGAAAAUAAAAAUAUAGGUAAUACUUUACUUCCCUCUUUAAAUGAAUGUUUUUAUAAAUGCCAGAAGCAUUACAGUCAAUAUGAAUUUUGUUUCCCAAACACAGUUAUAGCUUGCAGGAGUGCACAGUGCAAGUGCCUUGUGUUAGGGGUUACUGGAGCUUGUCAGUGCUGUUGUCACAGUUCUGUCCCCGGCUGCUGACACAGAGCUGAGCUGGCAAAGCCUCUCCUGCCUACACACCUGCCUACAUUUGCCAAUGGAACAACUUCUCCCAAGGAAUUCGAUUGAGCUUUCCAAGUCUUUUUCCUGCUUCCCUGCUUGCAGGGGCCUGUGGUAGAGCUGAGGUUCCAUGUGCAGCUGCACUGAGAGCCCCCUGCACAGGGUGGUGCUCACCCUGCAAACAGCACAGACUGCUAAAAGUGCAGUUCUGCAGCUCAGGUUACAGCAGUGUGAGGCACUUGUGCCAGCACAGCUCUCUUGAUUAGGGGUUGUAGCCCUAAGUGUUCCUGACUUGUGCAGUUGUGACAGGCAACACCUGUAGUACAGAUAGGAUCUGUUAUUAAAUUAAAUCUUUGUGUUUGCCAGAUAUCUGAUGGGCCUGCUGCUAAAGGGCCUUGAGUAUUUCUAAGAGAAAUUGCUAUUCAGCUGAAUUUAACUGUGAGAACUUCUGGCUCAAAGAAGCUCUUUUUGUCUGUAAUGCCUGGUGCCAUUCUCAUUCUGUGCAUGACCUACCCAGCAGUCCAUCCCUUUUUUUCCUUGACUGCUUGGGUCCUGUGUGCUGCAAUCUGAAGUAACAGGGUUUUAACCUAAAAGACAUCAAAAUAAACCUCAGUGUGUGUGUGUGUUUUGCUUGGCAUAAACCAGGGAGCUGCUCUGUGUUUUUGCUUGGUGCAGUUCUGUUGUGCUGUGGAGUCCCUCCUUGUCUUUGCUCUCUGUGUGCUGCUAAUCUGAUAAUCUGCUCUGCACACACAUGCAAUUCCUCACUUCCAGGAGGUGCCACACUCCCUGCUGUCCUGUGUGAGCACAGGUUUCCAUCCUGUGAGGCACUGGCCCUUCUGUGAGGCUUAUGUAAGGAGCCAGCAGGAAAAAGAGGAUUGAUUGAUAGCAUUUGGACCUGCUGAGAUUCAGUGUGGCCCUUGUGAGUCAGGAAAUUCAGCAUGUGCUGGCUGGAGGAUGCUGAACGAUUCUGAUCCUGUGCUGCCCUCCUCUGGCUCAGCCCUUCAAGGAGAAACCAUUCGAGCCUCUGAUGCUGUGUCAGCAUUUCAGAGUGGGAACAGUGUUGCCUGUGCUAUGGAACAAGCUGGAAACACAGUGCCCUUAGAGUCUGAACCUAAUACUGACAACAUGGAAAACAGUUCUCCUGCAUCAGUGUUGGAUGAUAAAGGUGAGCAAAGCAAUGAGGAGGAACAAAAAUCUGUCAAGCCAACGAGUAAAGAGUUCAGGAAAACCUGGGGGUUUCGGAGGACCACGAUUGCCAAGAGAGAGGGUGCAGGAGAUGCUGAUGUGGACUCCAGUGAGCAGCAGCCUCAGCAGCAGCAGCAAGGCAUAAACCUGAGGAGGAGCGGGCGGCAGCCCAAGCGCACAGAGAGGGUGGAGGAGUUCCUGACCACGGUGAGGCGCAGGGGCAGGAGGAGUGUUCCCACCACCCUGGAGGACUCCAGUGAAGCAGCCUCUGGGCCAGCCACUGAUGCUGAAACUGCUUCUGAAGACAGUGUUGAGAGCACUCCAGAUACAAAACCUGUCACUAGGAGGAUUUGCACCAGGAGUUGUAAGGAGCAAAAAAGCCCUAAAGUUGGACCCACAAAAGAGGAAGAGGAAGAAGAGGAGGAGGAGGAAGAAGAGGAAGAAGCUACUUCUGAUAGUGACAGUGAUGGGUUGACACUAAAGGAGCUGCAGAAUCGCCUAAGAAAGAAACGUGUUGAGCAGAAACCUCAGGUGGUGUUGAAGGAUGUGCAGAAUCACCUGAGAAAAAGGAAUUCAGAAAAAGAUCCUGCCAAAACAGGUGAUGUCACACCCGAAAAACAGAAUGAGUCUGAGCUGCCUGUCAAACAGGAGCCUGAGACUGCAGACAGCACUGAGAUUGCAAGUCAGGUGGUUGUGUCUGAGGACACCGAAGAUUUUGAGGCUCAGAAGGAGGAGAAGCCUGCCCUUGGUGCAAAGGGAGCCUCAGAUGAGGAAGCUGAAGAACAGCCCAAAAGCAAACCCGAGUCUGAGAUCUACGACCCAAACGCCCUGUACUGUAUUUGUCGUCAGCCUCAUAACAACAGGUUUAUGAUUUGUUGUGAUAGAUGUGAGGAAUGGUUUCAUGGUGACUGCGUGGGUAUUUCUGAGGCUCGAGGGCGAUUGUUGGAGAGGAAUGGUGAGGACUAUAUCUGUCCAAACUGCACCAUUCUCCAGGGACAGGAUGAGCCUGUUUCAGAACUAGACCAGCAGGAAGCUAAAAUGGAACCAGGAAAUGCGGAUGGCACAGAAUUUACAAGCAUAGGAACAAUUGAACAAAAAUCAGUUGAGGACCAAGGAAUCAAGGGUAGGAUUGAAAAAGCUGCAAACCCGAGUGGAAAGAAAAAGCUAAAGAUAUUUCAACCUGUAAUUGAAGCUCCUGGUGCUUCCAAGUGCAUCGGCCCCGGCUGUUUCAACGUGGCCCAGCCCGACUCCGUGUACUGCAGCAAUGACUGCAUCCUCAAACACGCUGCUGCCACCAUGAAGAUCCUGAGUUCUGGCAAGGAUGCAAAGCCAAAACCUAAAGAGAAGAUCAAACCAAAAUCUGAAAAGCCUGGCAUUCCAAAACCUCAGCAGCAGGUGGGCAUCAAACCAGUUUCAAACCAAAAGAGACAGUUCCCUGAGAAAAGAGAGGUGAAUGUGAAGAAGACUGUUGUGAGCACAGCCAAGACUGAGGCAAACAGCCAAGCUCCUGCUCGAGAGCCAGCGGCAGAGCCCGUCACGCCGUCCUGGGCCAGCGAUCAUAAUUACAAUGCUGUAAAGCCUGAAAGGACUGCUGCCAUUGCACCUGCACUGUUGUUCAAAUCUCAGAGGGAAGAGAAAAGGAACGAAGAUCGAGCAGAGUCCACACUGGUGCCGAAGAAGGCUGUGGUAGUUAUCAUGGAGAAACAGUCCUCUUCUCUCCCCAAAAAUCUGCCUUCAAAGAAGUCCCCAUCCUACUCCAACACCUCACUAACUAAACCACCAAUUAAACCUGCUGGAAGCUUCAAAGGUGUCAUUCCCAAGAAACCUUGGCCUUCAUCAGGCAGUGUUCCUUCCAAACAGUCGCCUCUCUCUCAUGGCUCAUCAGUUGCCAAGAAAGCAUCUCCGUCUUCCAGUUUGAGUGGGGGACUCAAAAAGCCUUCACUGUCUUCCGUGUCAGCUGCAGCUGGAAGUAGUCAAGCAAAAGCCUCAGCCAGUCCUGCCCAGUCACAGCCCAACUCUCAGAUUCGACAGAAUAUUCGACGAUCCCUGAAAGAAAUUUUAUGGAAGAGAGUCAAUGACAGCGAUGACCUGGUCAUGACAGAGAGUGAAGUAGGGAAAGUGGCACUCAACAUUGAGAAGGAGAUGUUUAAUUUGUUCCAAGUGACAGACAACAGAUACAAGAGCAAAUACCGAAGCAUCAUGUUCAAUCUCAAGGACCCCAAAAACCAGGGACUUUUCCAUCGUGUCCUUCGUGAGGAAAUCUCCCUGUCAAAACUAGUGAGAAUGAAGCCAGAAGAACUUUUAUCUAAAGAACUGUCUGUGUGGAAAGAGAAACCAGCUAAGGCAGUGGAGUCAAGAAGCAAAUCUCACGAAAUCAAGAAAACAGCUGUGAAACGGGAACACGUGCCUGCUGUCAACAUGGAGGAUUCUCCACCAGUAUCUGACUCUGAUGAACAGCAGGAGUCAACCCGAACUGCACCCAAUUUGAACAGUCCUCCUUCUCUAGAUGUUUUUAGCAGCAUGUUGAAGGAUACAACAAGUCAGCAUCGAGCCCAUCUUUUUGACCUGAACUGUAAAAUCUGUACAGGUCAGAUUUCAGCAUCAGAAGAUGAGAUACCAGCGAAGAAAGUGAAGUCAGGGCCUUCUGCUAAGAAGGUGGAGUCGAAAUCAAAGCCAGAAGUGCAGGCCAAAUAUGAGAGUCCUGCAGCAGCCCCGGCAGCAGAGCCUGACAAGGAGCCCGUCGCUGACGACGCAAUGGAAAUUGAUGUUGAACCGGCAGCAGAACCAGUUUCCCAGCCAACCACAGAAGGGACUUCUACUCCUACAAGCCAGAGCCAGAACAGCACAGACUCUGCUGUCCCUGAAGAGGUCUCUGCUCUCGCUGCCUCCUGUGCUGGCCCUGUUGUCACAACCGUAACGGUUUCUGGCAGAGACCCCAGGACAGCCAUGAGCGGCUCCUCCGCGACCGUGACACCGGCCCCGCGUCCUGGGCCCACAGCUGACAAAGUCUCCACGGCAGAAACCAAACAAGAAACUUCCAAACCAGCUAUGACUGUCCCCAAAUCAAUAUUGACCAAACCCUCUUCCUCACCAGAUCCCAGAUACCUGGCGGUUCAUCAGUCACCCAACAUCAAUGCCUCAGAGCCUCGCUCACCUCAGGACAGCGACACUUCCCUCUUUCUCUCUCGUCUCAACACCAUUUGGAAAGGAUUUAUUAACAUGCAGAGUGUGGCCAAAUUUGUCACUAAAGCCUAUCCAGUCUCCGGGUGCUUUGAUUAUCUUAGUGAGGAUUUACCUGACACAAUUCACAUUGGUGGGAGGAUCUCACCGAAGACAGUCUGGGAUUAUGUUGGCAAACUCAAAUCUUCGCUUUCUAAGGAAUUGUGUUUGAUUCGUUUCCAUCCUGCAACAGAAGAAGAAGAAGUUGCCUAUAUCUCUCUCUACUCCUAUUUUAGCAGUCGUGGUCGUUUUGGUGUUGUAGCUAAUAACAACAGACAUGUCAAGGAUCUCUACCUGAUCCCCCUGAGUUCUAAGGACCCAAUUCCUUCCAAACUCUUGCCCUUUGAGGGACCAGGUCUUGAAUCAUCUCGGCCAAAUUUAAUCCUUGGGUUGGUUAUCUGCCAGAAAGGGAAACGUCCUGCCACUGAGACGGAAAAAAUGGAAGAGAAGCGAAGCAGAAUUCAAGCACAUGAUGAAGCCGAGCCAUCCCUGUUCUCUAAAGGGCCUCCAGCUUCACAAGAGAAGAAAACUCCAAAAUACACACUUUAUUCGGGAGACUCCACCAUGAGUACAACACCACCUGGAUCGCCUCCUCCUCCUCCUCCACCUCCACCCCCACUUUCUGUUCCAGACACCUCGGCAGUGACUCCUUCAGUAUUAAAAAUACUGUCCUCCAUUAAAAGUGGCCCCACAACUACUGUGACCCCAGCGAUUUCAACCCCAGCUGCUCCUGCAAGCAGCACUGCCACACACUCCUCAUCCUCAAAAACGGCCACGCCUCUUGAGCACAUCCUGCAGACCCUCUUCGGGAAAAAGAAAACUUUUGAGCCUCCUGCCAAGGAUUCUGGAACUGUUCAGUCUUCCAGUCAGGAAAGUCAAGCUGCGGCAGAUAGCGGGAUGUCAGCGGUUCCUCUGUUAGAUCCCAUUGUGCAGCAGUUCGGACAGAUGUCCAAGGACAAAGCCAUAGAAGAGGAGGAGGAUGACAGACCUUAUGAUCCUGAGGAAGAAUAUGGUCCAGAGAAAGCCUUUGAAACACAGACUGGUGAGAGUGACAAACACUACAGUGUGGAAAAGCCUUCUACUACAGCAGAACUAGAGGAUGAGGCCUAUGAUCCAGAGGAUGAAACUAUCUUGGAAGAAGCAAAAGUUACUGUUGAUGAUUUACCCAACAAAAUGUAUACAGACAGUAAAAGCAGUUCAGAAGCGUCUGCUUCAUUUGUGUCUGAUUUAUCUGCAUCCUCCACAUUGGUAGAACAGCAAAAAAUGUUGGAAGAAUUAAACAAACAAAUAGAAGAACAGAAAAGGCAGCUAGAGGAACAAGAAGAAGCCCUCAGACAACAAAGAGCAGCUGUUGGUGUUUCAAUGGCUCACUUUUCAGUGUCUGAUGCUUUAAUGUCACCUCCACCAGCGAAAGCUUCCCUAAUGAAGUCUGAAUUAUUCCAUCAGGACCAGCAAGCUACACAAAAAGUAGAUUUACCUUCAUCUUUAAAUCAGCAAGCACAAGUUUUAAACCAGGGCUGUGACCCAAGGCAGAACAGAGAUCCUCGACAGGCUCGAAGGAUGGUGACAGAGAAUGACAGUGCUGAUUCUCGAAUAAAGCCACAGGUAGUACAGAAUGAGAUAGCCACAAGAGAGGUCACUCCAGCAAGUUUUCCAAAUACUUUGCAGACUUCACUUGGUAAGGAAGAUAAUGCUUUAAUUUCUACUACUCAACCUGGUUUUACUGCUGAUAAUUGGGUUUCAAGUGAACAGACAUCUACGGUGCCCCAGAAGGAGACAUCUAACAGCAAAUUUGAACACACCAUUCAAGUUACUUUGGAAAACUUGAGUCAAUCAGCUUCUGGAGAUCCUUCUGCUUCCAAACCUAUACGUAAAGUGCUGCUUCCAACCCCACCAAGUACAUCUUUUCAGCCUAAUUUCUCCACAUCAAACGACAGCUCAUCUUUGCAAGAUAUGCAUCAAGUGUCAUGGUCAAAUGAGUCAAAGGAAGCAAUGGGAAGGGAUUCCUUUUCAAAUACAAUGUUUCCUCAGCAGGAAAAGGCAGCUGGACACUUUGAACCAGAGAUGGGUCUUUCAUCAGUGCAAUAUGAUGAACAAAGACAUCCUCAGUCUCAUCAGUUUGUAGAACAAACUGAAUCUGCACCAGCUCAGAGUGAGGGUGGACCUCCCCCACAGCACUUUGAGGAAAACCGAGCAUUUUCUAUGUCUGGACAGAAAGGGGGACCUCCAAUGAUGCUCAAUGCACCUGGAGGACCUCAUGGACCUAAUUUUAGAGGGCCAGCACCACAGUUCUCUGAAGAGCACGGUUUUCCAAAUAAUGACGGGCAAAGAGGACCUCAGUCUGGAAGAUUUGGAGGUCAAAAGGGUCCCAUUCCUUCCUUAUUUUCUGGACAGCAUGGACCACCUAUUUUUGGUGAUAAUAGGGGCCCUGCUCCUUCUUAUCAUGGUGGUCCAAGAGGAAUGUCACCACCUCAUUUUGAAGAUCACAGGGACCCUCACAUGGAACAAAUGGAAUUCUCAGAUUCCCAAUAUGAUGAAAUGAUGGGGCCUCCAGGACAGUUUGAAGGACCAGAUUCCUCCCAGUUUAUGGGAAACAGAGGACCUUCACCUUUUCCUUUUGGAGGUCAAAGACGACCCCCACCAGGUCAGUUUAAAGGACAGAGAGGGGGCCCUCAGUUUGGAGGGCCAAGAGGUCCAGCCCCAGGUCAUUUUGGGGGACCAAGAGGGCCUCACCCAAAUCAAUUUGAAGGGCAGAGAGGUCCAGCUCCAAAUCACAUGCCUGGUUCAAGGGGACUUUUGCCACAGCCAUAUGAAGAACGGAGAGGGAGCCCACCACCCAGAUUUUCCAACCAGAGAGGUCCAGGACCACAUCAGUAUGGAGGACCAAGAGGAGGCACACCUCCAAUGUUUCCAGAAGAAGAUGAACCUCCUUCUAGAUUUCAUUACCAGGGUCAGUCACCACAAGGUAUGAAACCACCCCCAAGACCACUCCUGGACCUUCCAAGUCAUCCACCAACUCAUAGAAAAGAGAUGUGGGAGGAAGGUGGACCAUCUGCAUCUCUUUCCAAUAUGUCUGGACAAGGACCUGAGUCGGAAGGACAGUGGCCCACAUCUGACUUCCGAGAAGGCAAAAAUCCUGACUAUAGAGGCCAGACAUUUGAAGGGAGACAGAGAGAGAGAUAUGAGGGAGGAAAUAAAGAUAAGGGUUUGGAUCAGCCAGAGCUUCAACAAGCAGAUAAUCGCCAAGGUAGAGGCUUUGAGGAAAGACGAAGGGAUCGAGAACAUGGCAGACCUUGGGAAAGAGACCGUGGCAGAAACUGGAGCAGAGACAGGGACUGGGAGAGACACAGAGAGAAGGAAUGGGAUAAAAACAGAGAUAGGAGCCAAAACAAAGAUAGAGACAAGGAUUCAGAGCGGGGUAAGGACUGGGAAAGAAGCAGAGACCGAGAUAGGACAAGAAACAGAGAGAGGGACUCUUACAGGAGACGUGAUAGAGAGCGAUCGAGAAGCAGAGACAGGGAUCGCGACAGAGAGAAGGACAGGGACCGGGAUCGAAGCCGGGAGAAGGAAAGGGAUCGAGACAGAGAUCGAGAUCGCGACAGGGAAAGAGGGAAAGAUCGCAAAGACAGGAGUAAGAGUAAGGAAAUUGGUAAAGAGACAAAGCCAGAAACACUGAAGGAAACUCAGAAAGCAGUGGAAACUGAAGCUUCAUCUUCCAGCAAUCAGUCAUAGAACUGUAACUAAUACUUCCUACAAAUAAUACCCUUUGGCAACACAGCAAGGACUGCACAUCUGUAAAUACUGUACAUAUUCUCACCUUUGGAAAAAUUCUGUUGUAAAACUAGCCUUACCCGAUGUACUGACAAAUAAGCAAUUUUUGAACAACUGUGAAUGAAAAUAAUCAGAUAGAUGAAAAGCAAGAACAUAAUGGACUUUCACUUGCUGCAUUUUGUGCAUAAUGUUUUUCUUAUAAAGAUUCACAACGUUACCUGUACUGAAAUUUUGUUUUUUCUACUUGCAUCUUUAUCUUAAAAUUUCCAUUUACAGUACAGAAAUGGAAAAAGUCUAAGAAGAGCAUAUUGCUUUUUAAGAUUAUAAAGUUAUGUUUUCCAGUAACUUGAAUUGUAAUUUUAUAGGAGAAUUUAAUCCAGACCUGAGGAGCCAUACCUUUACAUCUCAUUUACGUGAUAUUUUGGUGUCAAAAUUGUUCCUACAGCACACACUAAAAAUGUUAGUGUCAUGUUUCUUUUACAAUGGAAGGGUCAUGUGUUUAGGGAAAGGCUGCAAAAGAACAGUAUUAAUAAUUACUUGUGACUGAUGGAGGAUUUGAAAAUGGAAUGUUAUAAGCUUAAAGUGCACUAUCUUCCUUUUAUAUACGUGUAUUUUGGGUCUGGAAUCCAUCUGUUAAGUGUACAGGAAAGAAACAAGUCAUGCUUUGUUAUUUUUCAUGAGGUUUUAAAUAUCCCACCUUUACACACCUGUCAUUAAAGAAAAUACAAGAGUAGCACCUUUAUAACCAGCAAAACUUAUAGAAGCAUCAGACAUUUAUUUUGAAAAGUGGUAAACCAAAGGAAGAAGAGCAUUUGGUUAAAUAGGCCACUAAAUCUGUUACUUAAUUGAACUGAUUUAGUGGAGCAUUUUUUGGUUUUGCAGAAUUUUUCCACAGAUUUAAGAAAUGUCCCAACUGGAUUGAACUUUUCAUUAUAGAAGUGCUCUUUCAUUCUAAAAGGGCUCUUGAAAAAUAAAUGAUACUGUUCUUUUGUUAGGCCCUGCUUAGGCUGGCGGUGUAAAUAAAACUCUCCACUGAAAAGACACAGCUGCAUUAAACUUUAAAUUAUGGUGGUACAUCAUGUUGUGAUUGAAGAGGGACAUUUUUCGUGGUGAAAUAUAUCACAUUGCUACUUCCCAUGUAGUCCUCAAGCACGUAAUUGUAAAGUGUGAAAUAAAGCCCCACUAGUUUAUUUGAAUGUGUAAAUUGACCGCUGGGUAAAUAUUUUGGUAUUUUGCUAAGAUGGAUUUGGAAAUGUAAAAUUAGAUUCCUGUAAACAUUUUGCAUCUUGAGGACUAUAUUACAGGUAGCAGUGUGUCACCACAGUCACAUUGGUGCAUCCUUGAGGUCCUUGUACAUGCAGGAUUUGCUGAAAUGAUCAUCUGUGUCCUGAACCCGAGGGAAAACGGUAACAUGCAAAGAAAUCGUAUUCAAUGCAAACAUCAACUGCGGUGUAAGAUUUUUUUUCCUAAUGAGAUGUUUCUAAUUUAAAGACAUACAUAAAAGUAUGCAAAAUGUGUGUUUGUUUAGGUUUACUUGAUAGAAAUUUCUGUAAAUUGUAUUUUAUAUGGCAAAAUAUAUCACUGUACAUUAAAAUAUGAGACUUCACAGGUUUUUGUUACUGUAAGUAGAAUAAACACCUACAGAGAGCUGU